GCUUUUGAGUAUUCGUGUGUCUACGAUGGUUUCCUUUUCUGUCUGAAAAUCUAUAAUCAAACGGAGAUUUUAGGUUUUGUAAAGCUGAAACCUCUCUGUAGUCAUGUAGUCAUCGGACGGAUCCUUAUCUAGGGUUGUUUUAACAAUUUUCCUUAUUUCCGUGGUCUAAAUUCGAAUUUAAAUUAUUCCAGAUUGUGUUUAUUUGACUGUUUCUCGUGCCUUAGUUAAUUUGUGAAGUUGAGAAAGUUGAGGAUGGGAGCAGCAGAGGUUCUUACUGAUCCUUCAAGCCUAUACGAGGCUAAUUAUAUGGGUAAAGGUGACUUGUCUGACACGGAUAUGGUGAUUGCCGUGAGAAAAACACUUGCUUCUGUCCAACACGGGGAAUCAGACCGUUACGAUGAGCUUCUUGAAACUUUUCAGGCGACCAAAAAUUCUGAUCUUGCGGCACAGCUUGUGUCAGCAUUGAAAGCAUUGUCAAGCUCUGUGGCUUACUUAGAUAUCAAGCACCAUCAAAAGCUUCUUUCUUUGGUUUUUGGAAUGUCAUUGUGGGAUCUCGAACCUCAUGUCAUGGAUGCAUUCGUUGGCCUACUCAUAUCACUGGCUGUCACUACAGGAAUGUAUGUGGAAGCUUGUCUGAAUAUGCUCAUACGCCACUUUGUGCCACCGGAUUGGGUAGUUCAAAGACUUUCGCAACCCCGUGUAAUGAAACAGAGGAGAGUAGUUCUUUCUCGUGUUCACGAAGCCCUUCUGAAAAUCUUUAUUUUGUGUCCUUAUGCUACCUCGGGAAUAAUGCUUCCACUCACCAAGAACAUGGCCAAAAUAAACAAAGAGAGCCAAGUGGUAGAGAUAUUUGUGGAGAACUUAUUAAAGCUGGUGAACAGUCCAAUCGGACAAGUUCAUGGCAUCAACAUUUUUAGUAUGGUGAUGGAGAGGCUGCGAGAUAUGGAUUUGGGGGUUAAUUGGGAUGGUAUUCCACAAGAUGACUCAAGUAGAGGCAUCUUUGAUAUGGAACUUGAACAUGCAGUUGAAGAUGCUAUGAACGAAGGAGACGAGGUUCGAGUGGGAUCUCUAAAUAUUGAUUUUGGGUCUUUGGACAAAUUGAUGGUCAUAUUUUUUUACCAUCUUGAAUCAUGUAAACGUGCUCGUUGUUUGGAUGAGGUGUUUGAAAUGCUCUUCGAGGCAUUUGAUAACUUCUUUCUGGAUACACACAAAAUAAAAAUUUUGCAGUUUGUGAUGUUCUAUACAUGUUCACUGGAUCCUGAAAACGGUGGUGUGAAAUUUGCGAGUAAGCUGAUUGACAUUUUCCUCUUCAGCAACAACCCACCUAAAAGGAUGAAUGCGAUGGCUUAUCUAGCUAGCUACUUGGCUCGCGGGAAGUUUUUGCCAGUUUCCUACGUGGCUAGCGUGUUGAAAAGAUUGGUAGAUGAGUGUGCGGAUUACUGUAGAACCUGCAAUGAUGAUAUUAGCUCUGAUGCACAUUGGAUUUUCUACUCCGGAUGCCAGGCGAUCAUGUACGUACUCUGCUUCCGAAUGAGAUCCAUCCUAGAUGUUCCUCGCUUUCGGUCCGAGCUUAUACCACCAUUGGAGUCAAUUUUAAUGCAUGCACUAAACCCAUUGAAGGAAUGCCUUCCAUCGGUAGUUGCAGAGUUCCUUAAACAAGCUAAAGCAGGUGGCCUUUUCGUCGUCUCAGGCUCCUUCAUUUUCGAUGAUCUACUUGAGUCUGAGCUCUCCCGUUGUGCUUUUAAAGGGCCUGAGAUGCUUACAUUCUUCCCCUUUGACCCUUGCUUGCUGAAAAGCUCGAACAGCUUUAUCUCCCGGGAUUUCAUCUACUGGUCGAUGGUGAGACCAACCUAUGACGAAGAUGAUGAGGAGGAGGAGGAAGAUGCUGAAAUCAUUGUGAACGGGGAUGAGGAGAGUGAUGAAGAGGACGAGGAUGAUGAUGUUGAUUACGACAUGAACAAGAUGUCCAUAACGCCUAAGCAUUCUUUCAUCAACAUGAUGGAAAGAGAUAGACUUUUGAAAAUGCCUUCCACUAUCAGACCCUCCAUUAGUCCUCCAUCCUUUUGAGUUUUUUUUUUCUGUUUUGUUUUUGGAGAUGGUCUUUAUAUUCAUUUUUGUAGCAAUAUUUAACAGUGGUACGAAUAGACUUGGUAAUUUUUAAU